AUUUUAAACGAAUUCUGCUUGCUUUGUUUUCUUCUUUUUCCUUUGAUCGACAUCUGACAAUCUGUUUAUAUUUGUCUCCUGUAUGUUGUAAAUUUAAAUCGAACUGCAAGCUUGCGCGCGGAUCUGUAAUUCUAGUUACUAGUCACUUUAGUUCCUUUAUCGCGUACCGCAAACCGCGCUCUAUGUAAUCGCACCCUAAGUCAUUGUAUGGAUUAGUUAUUCCCGGCCCCGUUGCCAUAUGGUGUCGCCACAGAUCUUGGCUACCAACGUGAAGUUGGCUUUAGCGGUUUAUAUUUUCAUAGUCAAAGGUUUUUCAGGUUUUUCAGGUUAUAUUAUUUACGUAACACGAAACAACAUAAAAUAAUAACGAAAUAAUUAAAUAAUACAGCAAGAUGUCUGAAGACGAAGUGGAAAGCUUUGAAAUUACUGAUUAUGAUUUAAAUAAUGAAUUUAACAUAGCUCGUCCUCGACGCAAACUCUCAAAGAAGCAACAAAUGCUAGGAAUAUGGGCAGAUAAUAGUGAUGAGGAUGAAUUAUCUGCUAGGCCAUCUUUCAAGACUUUCAACAAGGGCCCUAAAAAUUAUACAGCACCAGUCAAUUUCGUUGCUGGUGGUAUCCAACAGUCAGGGAAACCAAAAGAUAAGGAAGAUAAAGAAGAUGAAGAAGAGGAAGAAGAAAUGCGUGAUUCUCAAACAAACCUUCACAGUGAUUCAAGUUCAGAAGAUGAAAAGCCAAAUAGCCCAAAAUCACGUUCAUCCUUCACUUUAAGUUUAGAAAGUGAUAUUGCAGGUUUGCGUAAAAAGCGUAGUCAAGUAAAUUCAUUACUGAUGAAAAGUGGAAUGGGUAGUUGGGAAGUACAUACCAAGGGCAUUGGUGCUAAAUUAUUACUACAGAUGGGAUUUGAACCUGGUAAGGGCUUGGGUAAACAGUUACAAGGAAUUAGCGCACCAGUGGAAGCACAUCUCAGAAAGGGAAGAGGUGCGAUAGGUGCAUAUGGUCCGGAAAAGGUACCAAAGAUUCCAGAAAAAAAGAAAGAUGAUGAGAAGGAAGAAGCAAAAGAAUCCAAGACUAAAGUAUCCCAAUGGCGGAAGGGUGAUAACAGCGGCAAGAAAAAAGUCAGAUAUUGUUACAGAAGCGUGGAUCAAGUUUUGGAAGAUGGAAAAUUGAAGCCCAAUAAAAAGAUUCCAGUAUCUAGCGACAUGAGCAGAGUUAAAGUUAUCGAUAUGACAGGGCCAGAGCAGAGAAUUCUCAGUGGAUAUCACGCGAUAGCUGGUGGUCAGCAGUGCCCCGAUGAGAACGUAAUCACAUCUGAUAAAAAAUCUAAAGUGAAUUUUGCCUUGCCUGAAUUGCAGCACAAUUUAAAUUUGCUUGUUGAUAUGUGCGAGCAAGAUAUUAUUCAAAAUGAUCGGCGAAUGAGACAUUUGAAUGAUAGACUAAUCACAUUAGAAGCGGAAAAAAAAAAUUUAUCAAAAGUUGUCAAUCAGCAUAGUGAAUUAAUUGAUACCUUGGAAAAUGUGCUCAUGAUCGUGGAUAGACUGAUGAAUGAAACAAACGAAUUGUCUCUGCAAGAAACUGCGGAGGCUUUCAAAAAUUUGCAAGAUAAUUAUUACGAGGAGUACAAAAUGUACGAACUUGGUGAAUUGGCCAGCAGUUUUGUAGCGCCGAAAAUAAAAGAUUGCCUGCUCAGUUGGAAUCCACUGAUGCAACCGAAACAACCAAUUAAAUUGUUCCAACAAUGGAAGAGUAUUUUAGAAAGUGGAAUCAGUACUACGCUUCAGACACAAACGAUGCAACCGUAUGAUCAACUAGUGUGGAAUGCAUGGAUGCCAUCGAUUAGAGGAGCUAUACAACAAUGGACGUGUAGGCAGCCUGAUCCUCUAAUCGAACUGAUAGAAUAUUGGAUACCAUUGUUACCCAGCUGGAUCUUAGAAAAUAUAUUAGAUUUAUUAGUAUUGCCAAAAUUGACAUUAGAGGUAGAAGAAUGGAAUCCUCUCACCGACACUGUACCUAUUCAUACAUGGAUUCAUCCUUGGUUGCCCUUAUUACGAAAUCGUUUGGACACUUUAAUUUAUCCAAUAAUACGCAGAAAACUCGGAUCUGCAUUAGGCGGUUGGCAUCCAUCAGACAGAUCCGCCAGACUAAUGCUGCAACCUUGGGCGGAAGUGUUUGCCAAGGGUGACAUGGAAGCGUUUUUAGUCAAGAAUAUUGUUCCAAAGUUGCAAAUAGCUUUGUCCGAAUUUGUUAUAAACCCGCAUCAACAGCACUUGGAUCAAUGGAACUGGGUGUACGAAUGGAAGGAAUUGAUUCCCGUUCACAUUAUGGCAGGACUGUUCGACAAGUUCUUUUUCCCGAAGUGGCUACAGGUCUUGGCACUUUGGCUCAAUCAUUCGCCUAAUUAUGAUCAAGUUACAACCUGGUACAUGGGUUGGAAGGGGAUGUUAAGCGAUAAGUUAUUGGCGGAACCCCUGAUAAAAGAACACUUCAAGAAAGCAUUGGACAUGAUGAAUAGGGCCGGGUCGCAAAGUCAUCAGCCCGGCGCAAUGGAACAGGUUUCGUAUUUAACGAGCUUAGAGAGAACGCAGCCGACUAUGUCGCAGAUGGCACCGAUUGCGCAGCCGAGAAUGGAGAGACUCGCGGAGGUAGUGCGAACGGCCUCGCAAAUUCCGCAAGGUUUCAAGGAUCUCGUGCAAAAGAAAUGCGAGGAGAGAGGUAUAUUAUUUAUGCCGAUCCCGAACAGAUACAAGGAGGCUAAGCAAGUAUACAAAGUGGGCAACGUUCAGGCGUACAUCGACGGCAGUGUCUUGUUCGUGUGUCACAACGGUACAAAUUGGGUGCCGACGCAUUUAAACGCCCUGCUGGAUAUGUCCGAACUUUAGGAUUUUGUAAAUUAAUAAAGUGAUUACUUAAUAAACGUAUAUAACUAUUACUGUAGCUGUGUUGUAAAUACGAUUGUAAGAUAUUUACUUCAAAUACUAUUGAAGAAUUUUCAUUAGUUUACUCGGAUGACGUAUAUUUAAGUCUAAAUUGAUCAAAAAUAGUGACAUUUUUGUACCGCCGAAGCUGUACAAUAAAAUUAUUUUUUU